AUGAUCAGAUACGGUGAUGGAGUUGGGAUGUAUAGAACAUAUCUGUUCGGCUCUCCAUCGAUCAUCGCUUGCUCCCCAGCCGUAACGAAGUUUGUGUUCCACUCAAAUCUAUUUCCCUAUAGAUUUCCCACUAAUGAUCUCGUUGGCCCCAAUUCUAUGCUAGCAGCUAGUGGCGAGCACCACGACAGGGUCAAAGGUUAUGUCAGUGCUGCAGUUGCCCACACUAGUUCUCUCAGGAAAAUUGUUCUUCAUAUUCAACCAAGCAUCAAGACCUCUCUUCGUUCAUGGGCUGACAAGGGUUCUGUGAUAGCAUUUGAUGUUGUCAAGAAGAUGGUAUUUGAGAGCAUUGCUCGAGUUUUUGUCAGCAUCGAACCAGGACCCUUUUUGGAUGAGAUUGGCCAGUACUAUGCUUGUUUGCUUAAAGGAUUUAAAGCACAGCCAUUUAACAUUCCAGGAACUACUUACUAUCGUGCUGUUCAGUGCCGAAGAAAGCUCAUGGAAAUAUUUAGGCUAAAGUUGGAGAAGAGAAAAGAAAACCAAAAAGGAGAUCAGGAAAACAAGGAUUUGAUGGAUGUUCUAAUGCAAAUUAAGGAUGGGGAUGGGAAGCAGCUAAGUGACGAAGAGGUGCUUGAUAACAUAGUGACGCUUUUUCUCGGGGGCUUCGAAACUACUGCAACUGUAUCAGCCUGGGCUAUGUAUUACCUUGCCAAGAACCCAGAAAUUCUGCAGAGGCUUAGAGAAGAAAAUAUGGAAUUGAGUUCAACAAAGGAGGGAGAAUUCAUUACAUUGGAUGAAAUUUCACAAAUGAAGUAUACAAAGAAGGUGGUGGAUGAAACAAUAAGAAUGGCAAACGUUUCGUGCUUCAUUUUCAGAUCUGGUGAUUAUGAUGUUGAAUAUGAAGGUUAUUUAAUACCAAAAGGUUGGAGGGUACUUCAAUGGGUCAGAUAUCCUCAUGCAAACUCAGAAUACUUUGAAGAUCCGAUGUGCUUUAAUCCAGACAGGUGGAAUCAAUCAACAAAACCAGAGGCGUAUCAAGCUUUUGGUGCGGGAUCAAUGAGAUGUGUUGGCAGCAAACUUGCUCAAACACAACUUGCAGUCUUUCUUCACCAUUUGGUUAUGGGCUAUAAGUGGGAAUUAAUUAACCCAGAUUCAAAGAUAACCUACCUGCCUCAUCCAAAGCCAAAUGAUGGUUGCAAUUAUUUGUAA